AAAGAAAUAUUUAUCAAAGACGUAGGAUAUUCGGAUUAACAGUUUAACAUUAUUUAUUAUUUUUAGGUUAUGGAUCAUUUGAAAUUCGUGCGAAGACUUUUAGUCUUGAAUUCUCCCCCUCUCUAUCUCUAUAUAUACAUAUCUCUCUUUCUCUCUCUCUUUUUUUUUCUCGUAUAGUUAGAAACACGACGUUCAAAACGAUACGUCAGAAGGUGAGCGAGCGAAGGAACGAAGGAGCGGACGAGUGAGUUAGUAAGUUAGUGAGUGAGUGAGAGUCUGUUAGAGAAAUUUUUUUAUUCAAAGUUGGUAAUAUCACGAAGAAGUGGAAUCAUUGGUCCUAACGGAAAUUCGGCAAUGCAGACAUGGCGCGAAAUAGAGCCGGCGCUGUCGGUCCGUUCCACGUUUAAUCCGUACGGAUAUAUACCGUAGAAUAAAUUCCAAUUUUUUUUUUUAUUUUUUUUCUUUUAAUUUCAUUUUCUCUCUCUCUCUCUCUCUUGCUAUCUGUCCUUCCUCUUCUGUGUCGUUAUGCGUUCGUAGUGUUCGUAAGAGGAUCGAGAGGUUGGACGCGCGCACGUUCCUUCUAUACCAUAUAACAUAUCGUACCACAUAACCAUAACCACCAACUACCACAACCACAGGCACCGCCACCACUACUACUACACCAUAAUCGCGAAAGGUUUCUAAUAGUGUUCUUCGGUUUAUGCGCUUGCGUGUGAGUCGCGUCGUUGUGUUGUUCUGUCGUAAUAGUCGUAUUGCAUUGUCAUCGUUGUAAUAGGUGAUAGUAGUAGUAAUAGUAGUAGUAAAGAGUAAUAGUAGUAGUAGUAGUAAGAAGUAAUAGUAGUAGUAGUGUAGUAGUAGAGUAGUAUGAGUAACUAUUCGCAAUCAUUGUCAUCGUUGUCAUAGUAGUAGUAGUGAUAGAUAGUAGUAGUAGUAGUAGUAGUAGUAGUAGUGAUAGUAGUAGUGGUAGUAGUAGUAGUCGUGUGUGAAUGACGUUAGAGAAACGAUGAAACGUUACUGCUGCUGCUGCUGCUGCUGCUGCUCCUGCUGUUACCGCUACUACUACUGCUGCUAACAACACUGCCGCCGUCGCUGCUACUGCUGCUGCUACUACUGCUACUGCUGCUAACACAACAUAUACACGAAUACGGUCCUCGCGGCAAUGGGAAAAGUGGCGGCGUAUGCGCGGCUCCAAGCUAGAGAAUUUUUCUCCCUCGCGGAUGGCAACCUGGAUAUCGAUUGUCAUUAUUUAUAUCGUGUUUUUGAGGGAGUCGAGUGAAAUAGAGAAUGACGGAUAGCCAGCAGCAGUUUUGCUUGCGGUGGAACAACUUUCAGGCGAACAUCACGAGCCAGUUCGAGGCGUUGCGAGACGAUGAGGACUUCGUCGACGUUACAUUCGCCUGCGAUGGCAGGCGACUUCAGGCUCACAAGGUCGUCCUAUCCGCUUGCAGCCCUUACUUCAAGGAGUUGUUCAAGACCAAUCCCUGCAAACAUCCAAUAAUUUUUAUGCGGGAUGUGGAAUUUGAACAUUUACAAUCACUGCUGGAGUUCAUGUAUGCUGGCGAAGUAAACAUUUCACAAGCUGAAUUGCCUACUUUUCUACGUACAGCUGAAUCUCUACAAAUCCGUGGUCUCACCGACUCUCAGAGUAGUCAGCACAACAACGAAAAGCACUUGAAAACGAAUAAUGUUCACGCAUCAAAUGGCCGUGGUCUGAUCUCACCGAGUUUGGACGAUGAGCGCAGUAAAACACCACCACCAUCGAGCCCUCCACCAUUAAAAAGGCUGUGUAAAAGAAGUGAUUCACCUCAAAUCUCUAGUCCAACACCUACUGUGACGCCUUGUGCUAGCAGUACACCUCUCUCAAGACCGCUUAUAGAACCGCAAGUUCAGCUUGACUGUUAUAAGGAUAUUGAUAUUGUGGAGCCAAAAGUAGAACUACCUGAAUAUGGCAGCGAUGACGAUUGUUCAUCAAAACAAGAAGUUAACACGUUACCUGGUGGUUUCCUUAGUUUGGAUGGUGGUAUGGAAGUGUUACCUACAUAUCCACCAUCUUAUCAAGGAACCAGUAUGGAAGGUGGUAUGCCUGGACCUUCACAUGGGAACAAUGAGCUGAAUCAAGAGCAGCAAGCUGACCUGCGUAAACUGCACUCGCUGGACCCACGCCCCUGUCCUGUGUGCAACCGCAUGUACAGUAACUUGUCCAACCUGCGGCAGCACAUGCGCCUCAUCCACAACCCUCAGAGUGUCACAUGCCCUCUAUGUAACAAGCCCUUCAAGACCAAGCUGUACCUCAAACGUCACCUGGUCAGUUUCCACGAACUCAGUGUGGCGGACAGGCAACGCCAGGAGGAAAUCUACCAUCAUCAGGUUAAAGUUCAGGUUCAAGGACAGGGUCAGGCACAGGUUCAGGGUGGAGCUCAGGCUCAAACACAGACACAAGUUCAGGCUCAAACACAGGCUCAAAUUCAGGCUCAAACGCAAGCUCAGGUGGAUAACAAAGUGCUCUUGACCGCUUCUGCUCCGCUCUCUCGUCUUCCCGCAGAAGAUAGCGGGGGGAGCGGAAGUGGAAAUAUUGUAGAACCAAAGCUAAGAGCAUACCAGGCACAGGCUGGUGAUAAUUCUUAUUCCGUAGAGGUUGCCCAAAUUGGUGAUACGAAACAUUUUGCAAGCGGAAUAUUGCAGUUCGAUGCUUCGUAUCACUAAUGUAUAGGUUUUUAUUUAUUUUUAUUGUAUUUCCCAGUAUCAUUUUGUGAUAUAGCGUGCGAUGAGUCAAGUUUAAAUUUAUUAUUUAGUGAACUUGUGAUUCAAUAGGAAACGUAAUCUUUACAGUUGAUCGACAAGUAUAGAUAGAAAUAACGUUACGAUACAAGGCUGAUUCUGUAUUUAGGUGAUCGGAAACUGUGCAGGAUGAGGCACGGGUGUAACACAUAAUUCGAAAUUAUUUAAAAACGUACGGAAUUGCAAUACAAAUCGAGAAAGUGCGUUGUCGUCGAAUGCAACGGAUCUGCAUACUACACAUUUAUUUUCUGUGCGUACAGAAAAAGUUUAUAUAGAUCGUAUCUAACUCGACUAUCAUCGAUACGAAUAUUAAACCGUGUACAUAGGUUUGGGAGACUAGUUUACAUAUAAUGUCCCGUGCCUAUUCAUCAUAAAGAUGAUGAACGUUAAUAAGGGGGAAAUGAGUAAAAAAAAUAUGCCGUAGGUGGAGCAGCCAUCCCACCUCGUACUGAUAAUUCUGCAGCCGGAUACUUGUUGUUUUAUUUAAUGCUAUACAGUGUUAUACAGACUACAGAUAUUUACAACAAUAUUAUAUUCUUACAGAGAAUUAUAUUUACUUUAUUAUUGCAGCGCAAUGUGCAAUGACAUAGCUCGUACAUGAUAUAUUUUUCACAUGCAUACAUUGCAAUAUACAGCCAAUCGACAGCUCAACAGAGUAAUAAUAUUUAUUAUUAACAGUUAUCAACAAACCGUGAUCGCAACUAUGCAGCAGAUUGAAUUAAACAAUAUAUAAUAAGGGGGCAUUGUGUUUGUGCUGGUUUUUUUCUCUUAUGUAGUUUGGAGAGGAUUAUUUUCUUUAUGUAUAU